GAGGAGCCUGUCUGGGGCUUCCCAACCCAGGCGAUCAGGAUAGGCAACAGCCAAGAGAGGCGCUCAGUUGCUUUGCACCCUCCUCCCACCUCGGUUCUGUCCACACCCACGGGCGCCCCGCCCCCUCGGCCUUAUAAAGGGGACUCGGCACCUCCGCGCGCCUCGCAGCCAGAGGUUUCCCGGAGAGGAAGGCGUGGCUCCCUCCCGGGCCAGUGAACCCUGGCGCCGCCGCGGCCGCGGUCACAGCAGCGGAGUAGGGCGGCGGCUGCGCCCCGCACCAUGGGGGGCAGCCCAGCCCCAGCCGCGGUAGACGCCGACCUCCGCCGCCGCCCGCGCCGCGUCUGCCCCCUCCCGCUGCGGCUCUCUGGACGCCAUCCCCUCCUCACCUCGAAGCCAACAUGAAGGAGACCCGGGGCUACGGAGGGGAUGCCCCCUUCUGCACCCGCCUCAACCACUCCUACACAGGCAUGUGGGCGCCCGAGCGUUCCGCCGAGGCGCGGGGCAACCUCACGCGCCCUCCAGGGUCUGGCGAGGAUUGCGGAUCGGUGUCCGUGGCCUUCCCGAUCACCAUGCUGCUUACUGGUUUCGUGGGCAACGCACUGGCCAUGCUGCUCGUGUCGCGCAGCUACCGGCGCCGGGAGAGCAAGCGCAAGAAGUCCUUCCUGCUGUGCAUCGGCUGGCUGGCGCUCACCGACCUGGUCGGGCAGCUUCUCACCACUCCGCUGGUCAUGGUCGUGUACCUGUCCAAGCAACGUUGGGAGCACCUCGACCCGUCGGGGCGGCUCUGCACCUUCUUUGGGCUGACCAUGACUGUUUUCGGGCUCUCCUCGUUGUUCAUCGCCAGCGCCAUGGCCGUCGAGCGGGCGCUGGCCAUCAGGGCGCCGCACUGGUAUGCGAGCCACAUGAAGACGCGUGCCACCCGCGCUGUGCUGCUCGGCGUGUGGCUGGCCGUGCUCGCCUUCGCCCUGCUGCCGGUGCUGGGCGUGGGCCAGUACACCGUCCAGUGGCCCGGGACGUGGUGCUUCAUCAGCACCGGGCGAGGGGGCAACGGGACUAGCUCUUCGCAUAACUGGGGCAACCUUUUCUUCGCCUCUGCCUUUGCCUUCCUGGGGCUCUUGGCGCUGACAGUCACCUUUUCCUGCAACCUGGCCACCAUUAAGGCCCUGGUGUCCCGCUGCCGGGCCAAGUCCACGGCAUCUCAGUCCAGUGCCCAGUGGGGCCGCAUCACGACCGAGACGGCCAUUCAGCUCAUGGGGAUCAUGUGCGUGCUGUCGGUCUGCUGGUCUCCGCUACUGAUAAUGAUGUUGAAAAUGAUCUUCAAUCAGACAUCAGUUGAGCACUGCAAGACACACACGGAGAAGCAGAAAGAAUGCAACUUCUUCUUAAUAGCUGUUCGCCUGGCUUCACUGAACCAGAUCUUGGAUCCUUGGGUUUACCUGCUGUUAAGAAAGAUCCUUCUUCGAAAGUUUUGCCAGAUCAGGUACCACACAAACAACUAUGCAUCCAGCUCCACCUCCUUACCCUGCCAGUGUUCCUCAACCUUGAUGUGGAGCGACCAUUUGGAAAGAUGAUGAAAGAAUGGAGUUGGACAUUUUAUUGCAAUUCCUGCUUCCCUGAAUUUGCGUAUUUCUUCCCACCUGAGAAGGAUAAUUAUAUAUUUUGAUUUGGAUUAUUUCUUCAUUUUUAUCUUUUUAUUUUAAUGACUGUUUUGUCAGUAAUACCCAUGGAGAUCAACUUUAUUAUUAUAAUCCAUGCCUCUGAAUAUUAGAUUGGUUUCUUGGAUGGGAUUUUGAAUAUGCAUUUAAGAAGUUGGGAAGAAUUUCACAGAUGAUGAUUGGAGGAAAAGUGAUGAAAAGAAAGACCUGUGUUCCAGGAGUUUUCUUCAACUUCAAACCUUUACGUGAAUCUUAACCAAAGUGGACAUCUUUACAUUUCAUGAUAGCUUGCUUUUGCAAUAUGAGUUUGAAAAAUCAGUAUAAGCUUAUGAUGGUGAAAAGUCAACAUAUUGAGAGCAAUAAUUCAAUUAAUAGGAUAUGAACUUAAUGAGAUAUAAAAGCAAAUGAGGGCAGGAGGGAAUCGUGACAAAAAAUAUUUGUGCCCAAUUAUGAUUAAUGUUUUAGAGAUGUUGUGUCCCUGUGGGCUAAGCAUGGAACUAAAAGUUCCUAAGUCUCAAUUCUAGUUAUUUGUCAUUUAGUAACUCAGGAAUCUGCUUAAUUGUUAUUUCUAAGCUUUUGACGACAAAGGAGUGAUGCAGCUAAGGGCAUCCUUGGAGUGUCAUAAAAAACAAAUUUGAGGUUGAAUGGUUAGCUGCGCAGUUAGAGUGAUAAAAAAAUCCAGGUAGGCCUUCUGAUUCACCAUGACCAAGUCAGGAUUUCUUAAUAUUUCUUUGCUGGCAGCAUAUACAAAGGCAAAAUUAAUAAAUAACAGUUGUUGAAUAACAAACUUUAUUACAUUUUUAUAAAAUAAAAGAAUCUAUUUUGUCUGUAUCAAAAUAAAAAACUUUGUGGACUUCGAAAAGAUAUACUUGAGUCAUCUAAUAGUUUUCAGCUGAUAUGCCGUUACCUGCUUUUAAAUUCAAUCAGCUUUUCUUCUUCUUGUCUUUUUUUUUUCUCUUCCUCCCUUUCUUCUGUCCCCUCAUUUACUUAAUUCACCACAUAUUUACUGUCUCCUCUGUAGGUACCAUGCUAAAGGCCAUGCUGUCACCUAUAGGACAUCUUGGGAAGCGAUGAAAAUAUGGUAUCAGAAGUUUUGCUGUAGGAUCAUAUGCUGUGACUACAUAUCGUUUCUGCCAACUAUAAUGACUCAAUAGUAGAGUCCUUCUUAAAUAGCAGAAGCAGUUGUGAAUUAGCUAUAAACUAUAACUAUUUUCUUCCAAAUCUAUAUUUAAAAUGGUCUUAACUAGCACAAAGCUGAUGCUGUACACAAUCCCUUUACUUAGGUUUAAAUUCAGUGAAUUUUAUUGAGUACAUAGUAUUUGCCAACAUCAGAAGAAUGUCCAUUCUUCUGUUACUUCUAUCUGUUCCUCAUUCGCCUGUGUGACUAGCUGUCAUCUAUUCACUAUUUUAUUUUUACAAAAGAUGGUACAGUUUAUAAAGGGCUUAACCGAUUUUUCAUACCUAACAUAAGUAAGAAUUCAAAUUCAGGUUCAAGUUUUUAAAAUGCCAGGUGUGCUGUUCCUUCUUACAGCACAAUGGGAUGAAAGAUUUGCUGCAAUGAUAUUCUGUUUACAAGACAAAGUGAUGUGGUAACAGAAGCAUGAGUUUUGGAAUCAAACUUGGAUUUAAAUCUGGCUGUGCCACUCACAAGCUCUGUGACUCUGAGAAAGUUAAUUGCAUCUCAAUAAAUUAAUCUAUAAAUUGAAGAUAAUCGUACUUACCUGUAGGGUAAUUGUAAUAACGUACAUAAAAUGAGUGUUACACGAUAGAUCCUCAGAAAGUAUUUAUGAUUGAUUCUUUACCCAGACUUAUUUCUACCUAUUUAAUAUGAAUCUCAAUUUCAACUAUAAACUGGCUUCCUGACUGUGUGGGUUUAAAUAUCAUGAACGGAAUCAACCCCAACCAUCCUUUGGAUGCUAUUCUUGUUUUUAAGACCUCACGAUAAUUUUUGUCCAUGCAAAACCUACCCACCUCCCACAUGUUCAGAUCUCACCUUGUCCUUAGGCCUUGAAUACUUUAAGUAUUUUUGUUUUUUCCUUACCUCUGUCUGCAACUUUGAAGUUACAUAGUACUCAUUUUAACUAUUGUAUUGUACUAUUCCUUGAAUAUUUUCAUUGUAUAUGUCUCUUCCCAUGUGACAAAACUGUAAUUCACGGUGGAGAGGACUCGUUUCUUAAUUUUUUUUCCAUAGGUCUCUUGGCACUAGUGUAGUGUUUGACACCUAGAAAGAUGUUACUAAUUAAGUAAAUUAUCAGCAAAGGUAACAUUUAUGUAAAAGAUUAACAUAAGUGAACAUGAUAGCUUUUUGUUUUUAUGUUGUUGUUCAUGUUAGUGGUUGUUGUCAUUUCACGUUAAACUUUCCUGGUUUAAAAAUGUCUACAUCCAGGGAGAAUAAUCACAAGAAGUGCUUUUUGUUUGUUUAUUUGUUUGUUUUUAAGACAGAGUCUCACUCUGUUGCCCAGGCUGGAGUGCAAUGGUGCGAUCUCGGGUCACUGCAACUUUGGCCUCCCCAGUUCAAGCAGUUCUCCUGCUUCAGCGUCCUGAGUAGCUGGGAUUACAGGCACCCACCACCACUCCCAGCUAAUUUUUGUAUUUUUAGUAGAGAUGGGGUUUCACCAUGUUGGCCAGGCUAGUCUUGAACUCCUAACCUUAAGUGAUCCACUCGCCUCAACCCCCCAAAGUGCUGGGAUUACAGGUGUGAGCCACCAUGCUCAGCCCACAUGAAGUUUUACAUAACAUGUUUAUUAAAGGUUUUUUUGUUAAAGUAAUAAGUAACAAAAUAAUUGGAAAAGUUAGAAAAAUAACGACUAUUUGGCAAAGAUAUUUCUCAUACAAUGAGAAAUUAUCUUUGUCCAAUUAGUUUAAAAUCCGAUGUAGAGAAACUGUAUCUCUAUAUAUACAUAUCAGUAUAUAUAUAUAUGAUACUUAAAAAAAACUUUAGUUUUUAGAGUAGUUUUAGUUUCACAGCAAAAUUGAGCAGGUACAGAGAACAUUUUUGUUUACAAUCUAGACAAAUGUAUCCAUUGUGUACAAAUUCAUUGAAAAUAAUGUUAUGUUAUAUGUGUACUCAAAACUCUGGGUUGUAAUUCAGCAAAACACUGGUUUUUAACAAGUAGCUUCAUCUUCAUUUUUGUUAUUUUCAAUAAACACAAAUUCUUGUCAUUAUGCAACAAGGUUAUAACAAAGAUAGAACUAACCCUCAAAAUAAAGUAAGAUCCUUAAGAACUUUGCCAAAAAAAAGUUACUUGUGAAGAACUGAUGCUUGAUCUACAGUUUUAUUUUAAUUAUAGUAACUACUGUAAAGUUCUGUGGGAUACAUAUGUGAAACAAACAUAUAACAUUAAUAUGCUUUAAGUGGGCUGUAUAGACAUGAGUCCUCACUAUACAUAUAAUAUAUUCCACGUACUUUUAAACUUACAGCUUUUGCAUUGGAAGAAGUGAACUGCUGCCUACUCCAGCCCCCAUUGUAUUGCAGCAUUAGUGCUUUCAUUCAGCAUCAGUGCAACCCAAUGUAAAAGAAAAUAAACAAACAAAUAAACAAAAAACUCAGCUGUGCUGUUCCCAAGAGAGGUUGGACCAGGGUAAUGUGAACAAGCAUGCCAAGCCAUGCCGAGAUCUGUUAGCCAGGGAUAUGUAAGAGAACAGAGAAUAUUGUGUUUAGAAGCUUUGGCUUCCGUCAGAAGAUAUAUUUAUCUAAGUUCUCCCAAGGAGGGAAGAGAACAGUAGAGUCAUUAUCUUUUACAUAAUAAAAUAUAUCCACAGAAUAUAUGAAAAUUCAGACAGAGUUGACUAGGGUCUGUGUUUUUAGUAUCUAUAAGAACAAUUUUCAAAAAUUAAAUAAAUAAUGAAAUAAAAGUUAUAAGGAAAUCAGAUAAACUAAGAGAAAAAGUUUUUCAACAUCUUUAGUAAUUGGAAGCACAUUUCAAAGAAAUCUGUUCUUAAGAUAAUUGUCACUAUGCAGGUAUCUUAAGGAUCUGUAUAAAAUAUACGCUUCUCAUUACAUUUUUAGUUAUGACUACAGAAGUGUUUAAUUGCCAUCCUAAAAAUAUCUGUCCUCAUAUUUUUCAUUAAUCCAGGCUUUUACUGACUAUUUUAUUAAUACAAAAUAUUUCUAGGCUCAUCCUAGAUUUUCUACAGCUUUAUUUUCAUUAUCUGAAUUUUUUUUUACUUUAAGGUAAUUUGUACAAGAUAUAUUUUUAAAAACUUCUGUAUUUUUAUUUAAAUCUCAACCACAUUGUAAGCUAUUGUGGGCAGGACUUAAAGCACCUACAGAGAACCUAUAGAGCCCAGCACAGUCAUUACUAAGCACAUAGAAAUUGCUCAAUAAAAAUGUGAUGAAUAGUCUCGGUGGACCAGACUAUAAUAUAAAUGAAUGAUGCCUAAGACAAGUAGGUGAUAUCACACUGUGAGUAAUGGUGGCAUUUAGUUGGCAGUUGAUUCUCUAUUUACAUUUCUUUUUUGAUAUUAUGCCAUUUUGGCAGUCUUAUUUAAGUAGUACAAGGAAGUCUUUCCUUAGACUUCUUGAAGAAAACAUCUGUAUUUUUUUUAACAUGGCAUGACAUGACUGCCGUUAAGAAAAAAUGUAAAUUAGUUCAAUCAUUGUGGAAGACAGUAUAGAGAUUCCUCAAGGAUCUAGAACCAGAAAUACCAUUUGACCCAGUAAUCCUAUUACUGGGUAUAUACCACCAAAAUAGAAAUCAUUCUACUAUAAAGACACAUGAACAUGUAUGUUUAUUGCAGCACUAUUUAAAAUAGCAAAGACAUGGAACCAACACAAAUGCCCAUCAGUGAUAGACUGGAUAAAGAAAAUGUGGUUCAUAUACACCAUGGAAUUACUAUGCAGUCAUAAAAGGGAAUGAGAUCAUGUCCUUUGCAGGGACAUGAAUGAAGCUGGAAGCCACCAUCCUCAGCAAACUAACACAGGAACAGAAAACCAAACACCACAUGUUCUCAUUCAUAAGUGGGAGCUGAACAUUGAGAACACAUGGACACAGAGAAGGAAACAACACACA